AGCUCUUUGGAUUUCAUAUUGAGAGUUAACAGCAUCAGAUUUAAACACAAAUGACACACUUAUAAUCAACUCUAGACCUUUUAUCUGCUUAAGUGAAUUAAUGAAGGAAUAAUACAUAACUGUCCAUGGAACAGCUGAGCAGCCAAUUGUCCAAUUACUUCUGGUCCCUUAAAAAGGUGGGGAGAUAGGCAAAUAUAAAAAUUGCUGUAAUAUAAACAAUUAUUUAAUUUCAACUCCAAUAUACUGUCAGACAGUACUGCACAUUCAGGUAUGAAACUAAACAAUAUAGUUUAGUGCUUUCAUGUAUACCAAUUUCACCAAAGUUAACACUGUACUAUAUAAGUAAAUACACUCUUAAUAUUUACUCUAUAAGUAAGAUAAUAUUUUAUUGUAUUUAUUUAAAACUUUUUUUUGUAUUUAUUCAUAUAACCAUUAACUAGAUAAACCUAUUUUAAAAUCUUUAUUUUCUUAUUAUGGCUAAUGAGCUAACUUGAAACUUAAGAGGCUACUUUCUUCUUUGUGGUUGUUCCUUCAUCUGCAACCCCCAAAGUGAGAACAGACAGAAGCACACAAUGCGUUUGCAAACAGAGAAAAGGAAGGAAGAUGAAAAAUAAGGCAAGAGAAACCGAGAUCUGUUACAUACAGCGCUGAUCACAGAAUCCUGACAAGAAGACAGAACAAGAGUGCAAAAUAAAUUAAUAAUUAGGAAGCGAAACUGUGGUUGGAAAAAGACUGAAGACUUUUUAUACGACUUUUUAAGUGAACAAGGAGUAUAACGCUUCAUGGAGAGAAAGUCAUAUGCACUUUAAAUGGUGGGCCCAAGUUAUAGGUUGCCUGAAUAUACACACACCACUGUACCAAAAAGAGGACAAAUGCAUAAAAAAUGACCACUGCUAACAGAACAGACAUGCCGUCAAACAACUCUUUCAUCCAUCAUACAGUCUCAGAACUCAAUCAUUCAUGCUCUUUGGAAGAAGAAGCCCAGCGUGUGCCAUUUGCCGUCCUGUAUUCUCUCAUCUUCCUGUUUGGCUUGGCAGGGAACCUGCUGGCCCUCUGGGUCUUCAUCUUCCUCCACUCACGCCGCAACUCGGUCCGCAUCUUCCUCAUCAACGUGGCUCUGGCUGACCUAGUGCUUGUAGCCUGCCUGCCAUUCCGCAUCCUCUACCACAUACUGGGCAACUACUGGCCCUUAGGGUCCAGGAUGUGCAAGAUUGUAGGCAACCUCUUCUAUAUGAACAUGUAUGUAAGCAUCACCCUGCUGGGUCUCAUCAGCCUGGACCGCUAUGUCAAGAUACAUGGUUUGCCAGGAACACGGGCAUCCUUCUUCCACCGCUGGCUGAAGGGGAACAGAUGGAGUGUGGUGGCAUGCAGUGUAUUGUGGACAGCCUCGCUGCUAGCUGUGGUGCCUAUGAUUGCUCUGGCUGAGGGCAAUGAGGAGCAGGGCAAGUGCUUCCAGUACAAGUCUCGAACACAAGCACGCAGUAAGGCAUACUUUAACUUAUUUAUGGUGGGCGUUUUCUGGUUCGUGUUCUUGCUUAUGUUGGUGUCAUAUGGACGGAUUGCCUGGCGCCUUUUGCAAGCAUCCUAUAACAAGCCAGACCUGCCCAAUGCAGGGCACUACUCCCGUGCUGCUAAGAAGUCCUUUGUGGUGCUUUUCCUGUUCACCAUCUGCUUUGUGCCCUACCAUGCCUUCAGGGGAGUGUAUGUGCAGUCUCAACUAACGGAGACCCCCUGUGAGAUGCGCCAUCAUAUAGACCAUGCCAAUGAGGUUAUGCUGCUCUUCUCAGCCCUCAACAGUUGUCUGGACCCCCUCAUGUACUUUGUGUUGUCAGCUUCAGUGCGCAAGGCCACACUAAGUGCUAUUUCCCGGGUGUUCUGUGUGUGCAACCACCCCGCCAUCAACAGCUCUUCUACAGAGUUCCACCGGACAUCUGUGUCCCAGGCUUCUAUCACCGCACUAGCUAAACCCGAAAGUGUGGGGCUCAUCACCAUCCUAACGACCACCCAUCCUAAAGACAAUCCAUAAGCUUGACUUUAUGUAAACAGAGGUACAAUAUAUGGACAAAAGUAUGUGGAGGCCUGACCAUCACAUGUGUCCAUGUUGCAACAAAUCCAUGGGCAUUAAUAUGGAGUUCAUUCUUCACUCUCCUGGGAUGGCUUUCCACUAGAUUUUUUAAUGUGGCUGUGGCCUGUCAUUCCACAUUCUCUAUCACAUGCUGGGCAACUACUGGCCCUUAAAAUUCAGCAAGUGCACCAACCUUGGGAAGCAAUGUCUUUAUGGACCUCACUUUUCGCAGGCCCCUUAACUAAGGCACCUUGGUGCCAGUGAAGGGAAAUCAUAAUUCUACGACAUACCAAGAUAAUCAAGACAACUGUGUGUCUCCAACAUUGUGACGACAGUUUGGGGAAUGCCCACAUAUGGGUGUGAUGGUCAGAUGUUCACAUACUUUUGGCCAUAUAGUGUAUGACCUCCCAAAAUAUGGAAGCCUUAACAUGAAGGAAAAUGGCAAGACUCUUUAGACAAUGAUAUCGUACAACAGAUGGAUUAUGGUGGGGAAUCAGUGCUCAGUCAGUCUCAAAGCUUGAAGAUCCUCACAAGUCAAAAGGACUCUAUUAUAUGGAUUAUAGCAGCAUUUCUUUCAGACAUUACAAUAUUCCAAUAUCAUAAGAGAAAAAUAAGGUAGCAGUGCUUUCUUUGCUUUUUCUUUUGCUUAACUUUCUUUCUUUUAGAAUCUGAUAAUACAGUCAAGAAUCUGCCACAAAAUAUUAUUAUUAAAGGAUACACAAUCAAUUCUGAUAAUUAUGAUAAUUACUAACAUGAUAAUUAUGAUAAUUCAUUGAUUUUAAUCAUAAAAACCUGUAAACAAAAGCACAGCUACACAGAAACACCGUUAAAAUCCACACGGAUGUAAAAAUGCAGUCACUUGGACAAGUGGCGUCAAACUUCCAAACUGCACAACUCAAUGAUGUACACAAAAGACUAUUAAGCCAUGUUUGUGAGACUAAAUUACUCAAACUCUGUAGAUGGUGCAGGUCUGUGUCCAGUGUGCAAAUGGAGCCCAACUGCCCAUCUGUGCUAACCCUGAGGUAAGUCUCUGACAGUAAUCCCACUUUAGUCACAGAUGUCUGUCUCAUCAGAAGGAGAUUUAUCUGGCUGUUUUACAGUACUUCUCUACUCUACAUACUUCACACACACACACACACACACACACACACACACACACAGAAUAUUUUGCUCUGUAGUAGUGCAUCAUGUUUUAAAUUGAAUCAAUUUCAAUUUGUCUGAGUGGCCAUGUAAAACAUUAACAGGGCCCCAGAGUGGUGCAACAGAAAAACAUUCCCCUAUUUUAGGGAGAUCAGGCCUCCAAGUGUGUUACGCUGCCCUAUGACACAGCAGGAGCAGCAUGGUUGGCAGGUUGUCUUUGCAUGUCUCUGAGGAACCACAUGUUCGUUCUUCUGUCCCCAGUUGACAGUUGUUGUGUGAAAGGGGAGAGUUAGCUAGUGGGUGGGAACUGGCAAGACCAAAUUGGGGAGAAAAUGGGGGAACAAAUGAAAAGAAACACAUUGACAUGACCUUCAGUUAAGUUUUUCUCUAGUUUAUGAAUAGCUCUUUUUUAAGUGGAGUGCUGGAAUUCUAGUAGUGAUCUUUAGAACUCUUGCAGACCACGUUAAGGAAUGUGUGAAUGCUCUUCUUAAAAGCAAAAGAGUGUGUUUCAUUUCAGAAGACAAAAAACUGUACUGUUAAAUGAAUCACAAACAUUCAAUGUGCAAAGGUGCACAUGCACACACAUUCUACCACACACAGGAUGCGAUGUCUCAAAAUAACACAAAAUAUCCACCAAAAGGAUGUGGUUAUGGUCAGUAUUGCAAAAACAUAUAUAUCUAGACUGUGAUCAUCAGCAGUUGUUCAAGGAACUAAAUAACUGCUGAAAACAUGCACAUACGUGGUUAAGAGCCCCUUCACCUAUACAGAUGUUAUGCUGUGACCCAUUUCAAAACUGUUUCACUCUUGGUGAAGGGGGGUGGGCGGAGCACUUCAGAAGGGCUACUGUGGUGGACACUCCACAUGAUCCAAGCAUAAAGCAUAAUAAUAAAUGGGUGAGGGAACAACAUUUUAUAGCAUUUAUAACAUAAGUGAUAACCAAAAGCAACUUAUUUCACACACAUUCCACAACAUUAAAUAUAACUGUAAAUGUAAUAAAAAGCUUUAAUUGCUGGCAAAUUGCUAAACUUUAUGUUGGGCCACAUCACUCAAACCAUCCAUUACUUAUUUUCUUAUAACCAUAUGCCCCACUGUGUUUCUUUAGUUAUGGCAAUUUCGUCCUGGUAAAUUCAUCUCUUGACACCCACAUGUCAAAAACACAUAUGCAAGGGCUACAGUACUGACUGCGUAGCAAACAGAUUAAUAAAGGGAACAGUCGUACCUUGACAUCUCGGUGAAUAACAUUGUUGUCAUGGCAGUAGCGCAGUGCUUCUAAUAUCUGACGCAUGUAGUGGCUAAGGGUGGUGAGAAAGAUAAAGUGAGAAAGAGUUUUAGACUGUACACAGAUUUGCCACACAGAAUCAUCCAGGAAACAAGAGGGAUAUGGCUACAUACCUGGCCACAGCCUCACUAUAGACAAAACCUGCAUCUGCCCUCUUCACAAUCUCAAAACAAAGAUCUGCCCCAUCCAUACUACAAGCAGAAGAGAAAUAAAGAGUUAGAAAAAAUCCAUUUUAAACACAUCAUGCCAAUUACCAAGAGCAAGACAGAGACACAGACAGACAGACACUUACAACUCAAAAACCAUAUAGAGCAUUCCAUCUGAGCUGUAUGUUUCCAGGAGUUCUACAAUGUGAGGAUGCUUCAGCAUGUGACAGAUACUAGCCUCUCGCUUCAGAUCUGUACAGGAAAAAAAGACAGGAUGCACAUUACUAUCAUCAGUUAUCAUAUCAUACUAUCAUCAAUAUCAUUAAAAAAAAGAUCAUAGUUUGCAAAUUUCACACCUUCCGGGUCUUCAUUGUAACUGCUUGUUUAUCAAUAAUCAAUAAAAAGGCCUUUACAUGUGUGAAUGUGUUGUGAUGAGUGGGAUUCCUCAGUGUGCACACAGUAGCAGCCUGUAUGACAUACCUCAUCAGUUCCAUUGUGCUAAAGCCAGACAGGCUGACGUCACUCUGUUCUUUCCUAAAGGGACACUAGAGGGGGCAAAGAUGUGUUCUGGCCCUUUCUCAGACUGCUACAUCAAACAGUAGACCAUAGUGUGAGACAGAAAACAGAACUGAGAGAAGGUAAUCUCUGUUUCAUAAUCUCUGUUUCCACUUCGAUUCCACUUUAUCCCUCCCUUCACCUUUUUUCCGUUUCCCUUACUUCUAUUCCCCUGUGCUGGGGGAGUCAAACUGCUAUCCCAGAGGGCCACAGUUUUUA